AUGGCAACUAGCACUGCACCCACCAAUGGAAAAGGUAAACGAUCCAAACGCGACGGUGGCGGCCGCGAGAAACGCGGCGCAAAGAGACAGGAGCUGGACGAUGGCAGCCUUUCUUACAGCAAGAAGGUGACCUCGUCGGCUUCCAGCACAGCAAUUCCAUCGUCUGAACUAUCGAUGUCCAUGCCCAUUCCACUAGCAGACCCACGAUCAAUUGACGUAUUGCCCCCAAGACCGCGACAGCUGAACCCCGUCUUCACCAGGCAUUCCGACGUGCUAAAGCAGUCCUGGCCUUUCUUCGAGGUUGCAGACAAAUACACUUACGCGGUCGCGGACCCUGGAUUCCCACAUAUCCUCUACCGCCAGACCGAUGUCCCUCCAUAUCACUCGAGAUUCAGCUUUGAAGACUCUCCUUCAUCAAUUGCAUUUACAAAAAGUGGGUUAGCGGUUAGCACAAACGACCCGUGGCAUUCAGCCCGCGCCAAUAUUUGCGCGCGUGAAGGCACUUAUUACUACGAAGCUCGGGUUAUUAGCGGUAUUGUCCCGAGUAAAAAUGCUCUUCCCGGUCCGUCGCCUCGGGGUAACGUAAGGCUGGGGUUUGCGCGUCGGGAGGCAGACUUAGAUGUCAACGUUGGCGUGGAUUGCUACGGAUACGGAAUCCGGGACGUUAACGGCGAGGUUGUGAACCGCAUGAGAUGCGAGUAUUUCUUUCCUAAGGAUGAAGCUAUAAAUGAAGGAGACGUGAUAGGAAUGCUAAUCACACUGCCACCGCUGGGCCUACACAAGAAAGUCGUGGCCGGAACGUAUGACCCGGCAGUGGACGGCGACGGAUCUGAUCCUUCAUCACACAGCAAUUGCGCAUCCCAACCAGCCUCCAUCAAUUUUAUUCGGGAUCGCAUACCUUUCCACCUGAAAUCAGACUUCCUUUACCAACAAAGUCACAUCUUCCCGUCCAAACACCUCCGAGACUAUGCUUUUAACCUCAAAGAAACACCAACAUACGGCCCACCAUCACCCGGAAACGCAGAGGACCCUUCUCUACGCACUCUUCCCGGAUCUAGCAUAACAAUUUACAAGAAUGGAGUCCGAAUGGGUACUCCGUUCACUAACCUCUAUGCCUUCCUCCCACCGGCUUCACGCGCCACCCAGCUAUCGAACAAUCUUGGGAUCGGCGAAAGAGAAAACGCAGAUGACGGGAUGAUCGGGUAUUAUCCCAUGGUGAGCUGCCAUAACGGCGGAGCGGUAGAAUGCCGAUUUGAAGAACCAUGGUGGAUUGGUCCGCCGAUACAGGAUUUCCCAGAUGCUAAGCCGUUCGGGGAGAGAUUCAAUGAUCAAAUCGUGGAGGAUGUGGUGGCUGAUAUUGUGGAUGAGAUUGAAGCUAUGUUUAUGGGCUGGAGUGUAACCGAAGCUUUGGCUGGGUUGAAGAAUAUCGCUGGAGGUGGAACAGGAAAUGGUACCGCGCCUGGCAGUGCGACGGGAACGCCGAGAGCGCAGUCUGUGGCGGGCGAUAUCCGAAUGCAAAUAGAUGGAGCUGGUGGGACACCAGCUCCGGUGGAUAGUUGA